AUGACCCAAGAACUACGUAUAAAGGGGUCUGCGAGUCGAGACGACGCUACGAACCUCAAGUCAGCUGGCGAAACGAACUCAAUGGAUAUCGAUUCAACUGGAAAUCAUAGCUCCGCUUUGAAAAAUCGUAUUGAAGACCAAAAACCCUCUUGUGGUGGUAUUCCGUCACUGUUGCAGAGGUUAAGCGUAGCCCCUGACCCGGGCAACUCGAACGACCAAGGCGGUGGAGGAAAAACCCGUCCUCACGACGGGGAAGGUGGAGCAGGCCCUGAAGCCAAACGGCCGCGAACGGACCAAGGGCCUCAAACCAACGUUCCAAUAGCUCGCAUCCCAACAACAAUACUCGCGGAGGAGGGCCUCCUCGCCACCCUCGAAACAGAGGUCCUCAUACCGAUAACGGCGACAGUCACAUCAACAACUGGCAGCCUCGACAUAAUCGAGGUCAGGCGGCUUGGCGAGGAGGUGGAGGUGGAAGAAGAGGCCGGUCACACAAUCGACCGUACGACGGCCAGCAGAGGUGGCGUAACGACUUCAACCACAAUCGAGGGGGAUAUCAUGGUGGAGGAGGUCAGGGCCACCAUCCUCCGAAUGGAUAUCACCAAUGGCAGGGGUUUCAUCAGCAUCAGGGAGGCCAGGGUCGGUACCCUCAGCACCAGUCACUAUCCCCAAGAUGGAACCUAUCCAAAGCAAGGUCAUAACCAAGGCUGGAAUGACGGUGGUCGCGGCGUUUCCCAGCAUCCUCAAAGCCAGGGGUAUCACGACCAAAGACAACAGCGACCCGAUGGGAAGAACGAACCUCCACCAGAGCCAGGAAGUUACAGCACUAACGGAAAGGGUGCGGAGGAUCGAGACGGCGGAUACGAGAGCGACAGAGGGCCGCCGGAUGAAUACAAGAGAGAGCAGAGGAAUAGGAGCAGAAGUAGUCGGAAGGGGAGCUACUAUAGCCCAAGCAGUCGGGAGGGGAGCUACUAUAGCCCAAGCAGUCGGAAGGGGAGCUACUAUAGCCCAAGCCGGAGCAGAAGUAGAAGUGACGGACGCAGGAGCAGGAGUCGGAGCAGAAGUCAACAGCGGGAUGGGUCGAAGGAUGUGGAGCGGCCCCGGAGCAAGGGACGAAGUAGGGGCAGGGAGCGCAGUAGGAGCAGAGAGCGCAGUAGAAGCAGAGAGCGCAGUAGGAGCAGAGAGCGCAGUAGGAGCAGGGAACGCAGUAGGAACAAGAAGAGUGGGGACCGAGACGGAAGAGGUAAAGACCGGUCCAAGAGGAAAGGAAGCAGAGAGAGACGUAGAGACGAUAAGAGGAGCAGAAGCAGAAGUAGGGAAAGGACUCGGGAGCCGGAUUCGAAGAGAGGUGGGAAGCGAGAUCGGGAUAGACAUCGAGAUGGGGGUAGAGACAGGCACAGGAAGGAUCACAAGUACAAGGAGGGCGACAAGUAUAGGGAUGGAGACAAGUAUAGGGAAGAUGACGGGUAUAGGGACGAUGACUGGUAUAGGGAAGAUGACAAGUACAGGGACGGCGAUGGGCGCAGAGACGGAGACAGGUAUAAGGACAGUGAUAAGCACAGGGGAGGAGACAAAAACAAAGACGGGGAUAGGCACAGAAGUGGGAACAGGGAUAGGCGCGACGACCAUAAGGAUCGAUACCAUGAUCGACGAGACGACAGCAGAAGACCCAGUACCUCCGGCACCCACGACAGGGACGCUCUCGACAACUGGGAAGUCGAACGGGUCGCCCUCUUGGAAGAUAACGAAGCGCUCUAUCUUAAAAACAGAAACCUCGAAGAUCAACUAUCGCAAUGUCAGGCCGAAUGGCGAGAGAAAUAUGACCAGCUGGAGCGGCAGCUUCACGAUGAGCGAGCAGUACACCAGGAACUGAAGAUCGACCUCCAAACCAAGGCUGAAACUCAAGCAGCGGAACAUAACACGACCCUCAACAACCUCGCCGCUCUCCAACAGCGACAUGAACAUCUCGAAAACCUCCACCGCAGCGCGACAACCCAACUCCAAGAGUGUCAAAAGAAGAUGUCCGAUAUGUCUGCCCUGCUCGAGAUGCGCACGUCAGAACUCAAAGGGGCACAGACCUUCCUCACCAAAGCCGACAAAUUCGCUGGAGCGGACAUCACACGGAUGGUCGAAAACCUCAACUCGGAGAUCUUCCAGUGCUGCGCGCAGACGGCGGAGAUGGUCUUGGAGGAUCCUGAUAACGCUGCUCCUAAGGGCGAAGAGCAAGGGAAAGAGGAUCCAGAGGGCCAGGUUCGAAGGGAGGAGGUGGAGAAGAUUCUUGGAAGGAGACUGGUAGACUUGUUGGAGAAGAAUUCGUUGAAGAGUCGGGAUAUGCUGCCCCUCCAGGUUGCGCUGCAGAUUACAGUGACCCAUCACUGCGAAUCUCUUAUCAACGCUUUCGAUUUCGCUGAUACCCAUUCAAAUCAGAAACUGUGGGAUAUCUAUCUUGGAAUCGCUUCUAAAGAGGAACAAGCAGUCGCAGGACGCUGGCGCGCACUCAUGAUGAGCCAACUCAAACCAAGCACCGACUCCUUCAUCCAGCACCUCCUCGACGACCUAACACGCGUCAUGCUCCUCUCCGGCGGUUCCAAGUCGAGCCCGCGCUGGACCGAAACCACCACCUCCCUCAAAGACCAACUCCUACCCAUCGCACAGAGCGUCUUCACAUUACGCACGGCAAUCGGCGAGGGCGUGACGUCGAUGGAUCUCCGACCUGUGCGGCCUCGGUUCGACGAACCGUUCGAUGCAGCGAAGAUGGAGAGUUCGUACAACGAGGAGUGGUUGAAGGAUGCAGGGGAGCCGCCUAUCAUGGGUACGAUCGAGCUGGGGCUUCAAAAGGUCGUGGUGGCCAAGGGCUCCUCUUCUCCAACUUCUUCCCAGAAUCCUUCGAAUUCCCCUGGUUCAUCGACUCCUGCCGCGAUGCCCCAGAUCCAGCAAGCCGACGUCAUGAAGAAGGCGAGUGUGAUAAUGCCUCAGACGUUGGAGGGUAUCGUGGAGGAGAUGGGAGGGCCUUCGUAA